UCUGCUUAAUGUGUCCGUCACCAGCACGUUUCGUGUGAAGUUUAAAUGUGGUGUAUUCAUAGGAUAGCACUUAACCUAAAAAUAAAUACGUGUCAAAUAAACUUAACCAAACCAGCUAGUGUUUUACAACUGCUACAUUCACAAGCUAGCUGCCGUUGUUUACUGUCUGUGGACGUGAAAGCACCACGAUACAUGUCCAGUCAGCCGAAGAGACUCCGCACUGCAAACAUGCCCGCUGUUAAGAUCGGAACCCACAAUGGCAGCUUUCAUUGUGAUGAAGUCCUGGCCUGUUUCAUCCUCCGGCAGCUACCCGAGUACAAGGAUGCCGAGAUAAUACGCACAAGGGACCCGAAACAGCUGGCAGAGUGUGACAUCGUUGUCGACGUGGGAGGAGAGUUCGACCCAAAGAAGCAUCGCUAUGACCAUCAUCAGAGGACCUUUGCAGAGAGCUUCCACAGCCUGCGCCCGGAGAAGCCGUGGGUGACCAAGCUGAGCUCAGCAGGCCUGGUCUACCUGCACUUCGGCCGUCAGCUGCUGACCCAUCUGACGCAGCUGAAGGAGGGCGACAGGCAGCUGGACGUGCUCUUUGACAAGCUGUAUGAGAACUUUGUGGAGGAGGUGGAUGCUAUUGACAACGGUAUUUCACAAUAUGACGGGGAGGCCCUGUACGCGGUCUCCACCACGCUGAGCGCACGCGUCGGCCACCUGAACCCACGCUGGAACAGCAAGAGUCAAGACACAGAGGAGGGUUUCAGGAAGGCUAUGAAGAUGGUGGGAGAGGAGUUCCUGGACCGUCUGGAGUUCUAUCAGUCCUCCUGGCUGCCGGCUCGUGCCGUGGUGGAGGAAGCUGUGAAGGCCAGGCAUCAGGUGGAUCCUAGUGGGGAGGUGGUGUUGUUCUCACAGGGUGGAUGUCCGUGGAAGGAGCAUCUGUUUUCCCUGGAGAAGGACCUGAAGGUGGAGUCGCCCAUCAAGUUUGUCCUUUUCUCCGACCAGAAUGGACAGUGGAGGGUCCAGUGCGUCCCCGCCGGGCUCAACACCUUCCAGAACAGGCUGUCCCUGCUGGAAGAGUGGUGCGGCAUUCGGGAUGAAGCCCUGUCGAAGCUCAGUGGGAUCGAGGGCUGCGUCUUCGUCCACGCUGGAGGCUUUAUUGGCGGGAACAAGAGCCAGGAAGGAGCCCUGGAGAUGGCCCGUAGGACCCUGCAGGCCGCCGCCAAGUCCCCUGCUAAUGGAAGCAGCUGAAGGGUCAGAGAGGAGAGCCAGCAGCACAUUUUGUUCUCUGGGUCAGUCUUUAGAGAGGAUAGCAAGGAUUAAAAUGUUAGUUUGCUGUCUUGAAUCUUGUUCGACCCAGCCUUAGCUAAUGUUGUUUUGUUUUGCUACAAUGAAGAGGGUAUGGAAAUGUCGGCCAAAUAAAGUUGGAUCAGUUCCCUAAAUACCUUUUAUUCUUACACAGGCUCGCUCUGAAUCAUAAUCUAAAAUAACGGUAUUAUUCUUGUCUUGGUUCUUAUAAAUGUGAGUCUGUUUUGAUGUCAAUUCUACAAUUAAAGACUCUUUGGAUUACAUUCUGGUAUUAGUAAACAGUUUGGGUAAAUCAAACAAUAAAGCACUUACUUUUUUCA